CACACGCAGCGACGCAGCUUUUAACCUCAAAUUUUGAUCGUACAAACUAUCUUGAGAAUUGAGAAAAUAAAUGGUUUAGUUUGCAUUAAGUAUCAAUCAAUCAUGGAUUUUGAUUCAAAGCUUGCUAGAAUUCAAGGUUUGAUAAAAUAUCAACAAAGAAUACAUGGCAAUUUGGACAAUUUAAAGUCAGGUGACUCAGACGAUACAGAAAAAUUGAAGAGCAUCAAAACCGAAGUACUGAAAUGCAUCAAGGAGGGGGAAUUCGAUGAGCAUGAUCUGAGAAAAUUGUACUUUUUCCUUCUCCUGAACACCAGAAAAUUUGAACCGCAAUCUUCCAUUUUGUCUAGUGAUGACGACUGUGGACAUUUAGUAACAGCAAUUCCAGUCAUAAGUGAUGUGCUGUUUGUCGAAUUAGUUGUCGCAUUAGAACUUGAUAAAUUCCUCUAUGAAUCGAUAGUAUCUUUACCUCCAAUUCUUUCAUUGGAAGUGAUCGACUUGGUGUCAAUACUUUUCAAAGGCGUAUACAAACGAAACCCAUUCCAGCUGGAUUGUUAUCCGUUCCAGAUGAUCAUUUACUUAGAAGCUGUGUUGAAAGCUGUUAUUGUAAAAUUAUUUUUGCUGGACUCAAUAUCUAACCAGUCAUUGGAGAUACAAGGUGGCGAAGCCUUUUGUAUAACGCCAUUCAAUGAACAAUUCGAUAGUGAACUGUGUACGGACAUUAAGAUGAAGUUUUACGAACAUUUCGAAUCUCUAAUGACUAACUACACAUCAGCUCAAGCGGAAGACUAUAAAUCUCUCAGGAAAGAUCGACUGAAUUAUCUGUGUGCCUGCAUAAUGAACUCUCUAAUCGCAGUUGUCAAAACAUGUUGUCAGCAUUAUUUGAAUCCUGCUGCUGUAAAUGAAGGCUCAAGUAUCAAUGACAUUUUCAAAGUUACCUCAUUCGAGAAUAAUCUAAAAGAAAAACCAAAAAUUCCAGUAAUUGCUAACAUUAAAGAAACCACUCUAGCAGCAGUAAUAACAACGUUCACAAACACAGCUAAAAGUGUAUCAAUUUCUCUAUGGAUGUCUUGGAUGGAAUUGGAAAAAUUCACCGACAAAAAUAUGCAGAUGGAAAUCGGGAAUGGGUUUUAUCAUUGCUUGCAGUAUUUGAAUGAUGAAGCGAUAAAAAAUGCCGUGAAUAAUGAUCUGUAUUCAACAUUUGAGACGGUGGUUACAACUAUGUCGAUCAAACCUAUCGAUGAAGAAGAUGAAAUGGAGACUGCAGAUUUCACCACAAUCAUGCAAAAUGUGAAUAACCCAGCGAAACUACAAACCAGAUGGAUGGGACUUCUGAUUUCACACCAAGAAUUCAAACCGACAUUGGAAAUUCUCAAAGUUAUUGAAGAAAACUCAUCUGUGAUUGUAUCAAACGAUGCUGAAACAUUGUUGUUUAGAAGUGUUGAAUUUCUAGAGUCUGCCUCUGAAAAUGCAGAUAUUACUCCAGAAAUCUGUGAACAUUUGAAAAGAAAUGUGUUUCUGGCAGUUAGCAACUGUCAUAUUGAUCAUCAAAUGGAAAUUUUGGAGCAGUUGCUGAGAAAGAAAGGAUUGACUGAUAUUCUGAAGUUGGAAGGAUUUGAAGCUACCAUGAUUGAACUAUGCAAUAAAACAGUUGAGGAGAAUGAUCGCAUUCCAUUCGAUGUUUCCAUGAAAUUCGUGCAACUUGCUCUACAAUCACCAAAAGAUCUUCUAGAUAAAAUAUUCAGUGAGAGCAAAUUGAACAAGGCCCAAGGAAGGUUCAUGACAAGGUUAUUUGGGUACUUGAAACCGAUUUGCAUUUACCAAUCAGACGCCAACAAACCUUCUCUGCUUGUCUCGAAAGUUUUGGAGGAAAUCGAAAACGCAAACAGUAUGAGUGACUCGGAAAAAGAAAAUUUCCUUACUUUUAUGUUCGUGGAUGGAACUGUGAUAGUUGCCAACAUUCCAGUCAGUGUACCGUUUUCUAUAAUUUCACUUUGUCAAGUUAUAGAUAAGUUUCGUUGGACAUUGACUGAAUUUGAUGCAAGAAGUGUUGCUGUCUGUGAUAGAGCUAUUGGUGUUUUGAUCUGCUAUGCUGAUUCUCUCAACUUUGAUAGUGAAGAAGCUGAUGAAAUUGAAUGGAUGAUAUCAGAGUUGAAACAAGUAGACCUCUUACUACAACUACAUGUCAUCAAUUAUGUGAAUCACCCAAAAUUCAAUUAUCUCAACCAAAGCAAGGGCAAAGAGAUAUUUUGGCUGAAAGUCAUGUUUCUAGUGCCAGCUCAGGAUUUGUCUUUCCUAGAUGAUGACAAUAAGCCUAUGUUCUCACGGGUAUUAAUGAAGGCUCUUCCCUAUUUGACAUUGAACGAGUGGGAGUUGAUGUUCGGUAACCUGACGCAGAAAGAAGAUGCAAAAGCGAUGUCCAACCUUUUUCUGGCAUGUGCAGACGUUUUUCUGAUGCUACACUCGUCUGUUGUCCCAAAUUUUGUUAAGGAAGAAUUCGAAUCUAAUGAAGUUGAUUCCACCUAUAGAUGCCUCAGCUUCGUUGUAAAAAAUCUGAUAACUAUUCUCCAGAAUUUAAUUCUUCCUGUAGCAGACAGACUCAAACGAGUAGACGUAUCCGAUUUAUUUCUGAAACUUUGUUUCAUUCUGGAAACAUUUCCAAGAGCGGUUCAAGAAAAUGAUGAGUUCGUUUGGCUUAAAAUCCUUCAGGACCUGAUUAAAGCAGCAGAUCUUCCAAAAAGCCACGAUGCUACUUCGGACUUGACUGAUUCAAAAAGGAUUUGCACAGCUAUCUCUAUGAUACCUCACCAUGAAUUGCAGACAAAACUGUCUGAAUUCAUCUACUCAAAUAUCUACAGCAUAGAGCAUAAAUUGGUAUUACCACCAUAUAUCAAACAAUUUGAGGCUACAGAUGCUGAGAUUGAGGAUUAAUCAAACAAUUUGAGGCUACAGAUUGAAGAUAUGUUGUGAUGUUUAUCCAUAAUGAAACACUGAGAUGUCGUCUAGAAGUAUCAUGAAUUUAUUGCAAAAUUACAUACAUUUUUCAACACCAAUGGCGUGAUCUUCAGUGAUUCAUCUUGACACCAUUGAUGUUGAAACAUGUAUGUAAUCUUGCAAUAAACUCGUGAUAUUCCUAGACAACAUCCCAGUGUUUCAUUAUAAUUUGAGGAUACAUAUAUCAGUGUAUUCACACUAUAUAAUUUAUUUGUACAGCGAUUAAAGUGCUCUUGAAUCUUUUAUUCAUAUUGUAUAUAUCCAACAGUCUAUGUCCUUUUGAAUCUACUAUUCAAUUUUCACACUUUUCUGCCAAAUUAGCAGAAAAUGUUUCUAAAUUUAAAGUCCUUUCAGAGAUGCCAUUAAACUGUUUUCUAGGGAAUCUUACUAUUUGUAUUUUGGAAAUUAAGGGCC